AUGAGUGAAAAGAAUUUUGCAAAAUUAGCAAUGUUUAAUGAAAAUCCAUUAAAAAAAUAGCAUUUGAAUAAAAAAAAUAAUGAAUUAGAAGUGAUAUUAAGCUCUCCUCAAUUAAAUAAAAGACAAAUGUAAUUUUCGAAACGGAUUGAAUAACUUGAUUUUAGUAAUUAGGGUUUAAAGGAGAUAAAUUAAGAAAAAUUGAAUAAUAUAUGGAUCAUAAAAUUAGAUUUGUCUCAUAAUUGCAUUUAAUAAUAUGGAGAUGAAUUUAAGAUAUUAUAAAAUUUAAGAAUAUUAGAUAUAUCAAAUAAUUAUCUUAAAAUUUUACCUCUUGAUGUAAUUUUUCUGAUUUCAUUUUAGUUUAAUAAAUUUCAUCCUCAAUUAUAGAAUUUGGACAUUUCACAUAAUUAUCUUAGUAUUUUGCCAUAAAUGCCAGAAGGACUAAUUUAAUUAAAUAUAGAAUAUAAUCAAAUACACUUAUUCCCUUUACUACUAUAAAAUUCAAUCUAAAUUUUGCUACUUACAGGAAACCCAAUUUAUGAAUUAAAAUAUUUAUCCUAAUUAAAAGAGUUCAGUAUAGACUGGGUGAUUUAUUUGGGUUGGAAUGAUAAGAUCAACGGACACUAGCUGGAAUAAUUUUAGAAUUGGUUAGAGAAAGAGAAUCAUCGAACAUUCUAGAAUAUGAUAAAGUAUUUUCUAGGAGAAUAUUUUAAUUAUUAAAUUACUGAUGAGAAUGGAAAUACUAUUAUACAUUAAGCAUCAUUAAAAUAACAUUUAGGUGUUAUAUUAGGUUGUAGUAAUGUUGUUGAUAAAAAUUCAUUAAAUAUUCAUAAAUAAACACCAAUUUAAUUAGCAUUAUUUUCUGAUAAAUGUCAAAGUGUUAAAUUUUUAUUAUCUUUAAAUGUUAAUCUAAAUUAAGUAAAAAUAUAUUUUUAUAUUAGUAAAAUCUAGUAAUAUUAUCUCUUAUUAAAUAAUAAUUGAAUUUAAUGUAAGGGUUUUUAUAACAUGGAACUGAUCCAAAUGAAUAGGAUAAAGAUGGAAAUACAGCAUUACAUUAUUUGAUCAACAAGUGGCCAACAUUCUAAUUUCCUGAAAAAUAUGCUGCUCUUCUUCUAUCUUAUGGGUAAAGUCUUAAUAUAUAUUCAUCAGUGCAUGUCCUCUUAUACUAAAUGCAUAAGGGUUUAGUCCAUUACAUAUAGGAGUAAAACGUGGAUUCAUUUCAGCAGUUUAGUUUGCAUUAUAAUAUAAAGGAUAACUUGAUAUUUGUGAUAGAUGUUCACAUCCUUUUGAAAUUACUUAAGUUACAGGUAUAGAAAAGUUUAGCGUUUUUGAUAUUUGCAUGUAAUCUAAUCAAAUCUAAAUGUGUUUUUUACUAUUACAAUAUAGUUAAUUUUAUGUAAGUUGCAAACCUAAAUCUUAUUGUUGUUUAUGGAAACUUAUUCUCAAAAACAAUAAAGAUAUUAUGUUUGAAUAUUUUCAAAAGUCUAGAAAUCAGUUAAAUUAAUCUAUAUAAUAAAUGUAUCAACCCAAAAACUAAUAUACUUGUUGUUUCAAUUUAACAAAAUAAUUAAAUGCCUCAUUUAUGAAAAUUAAUUUACCGAAUUAGUUUAAGAUGAGUAAAUAAAGAAACUAUUAUUUUUAAAUAUAAGAAGUCCCUUUACUUAAAGAAGGAGAUAAUGAUCAUAUUGAAUAUUCAGACAGUUCUAUUGAUUCACAUGAAGAAACAAAAGGGUUAUAACCUGUUAAUUGGAGUAGAUAUGACUGCAAUAAUGAAAUGAAUGCUCCAAAAUUAUCCAUCUAAUCUAAUUGUAUUGUAACUGAAAAAGAAAGUCUUAAAGGAAAUUCAUAAAUUAGAUAGAUAGCUGAAGCCUAUUACAAGUAUUUAUAUAAUCAUUAUCAAUUAAAAGUGAAUAUAUAUUAAAUGAUAAUUUAUCAAAAAAGGAAGAAAUUUUAAUAAUUUUACUUAAAUUGAAUUUUUAGAUAAAUGUAGUCAAUUAAAUGAAAGAUCAUUCAAUUAAAGAAAUACUUAUACAAAUUGUUUAAGACUAUUCUUUUAAUUGUGAGUAUAUCUCAGACUAACAAAGUUCUAUAUAAUAAGAAUCAUUUUUUUUUAAGGAUUUAGAAAGUAUAGACCAAGGUGAUUCCACAUGUUAAAUAAUUUUAAUGCCAUAAUCUAUAAAUUAUUUGAAAUAAAGAUUUGAUUAAUGGACAUUAGAAUAUUUACUAAAGUUUACUACUAAAUUUAGUGAACCUUCUAAACUUUCUGAAAUUAACUAAUUUGAAUUAUUUUAAUUAUGA